AGAUGAACUGCGAUGCGAGCAUCAUGUCUUCCUCUCGCAGAUUCUUGCAAUCAUCAUUGCGCCUCUUUGCAACCCGGCCGCAGGUACCAUGUCGAUUUACCUUUCGUGCCUCGAGGCACACCAGCACUGCCACCCAUGAACCGUUACCUCAACCAUCGCGGUGGCCGCGACGCCUGGUCUACGCCGCCAUUUUCAGUGGUCUUGGAAUUGCGGCUGGGAAGUGGAUGGAGGGGAAAGUCGCAGCACCGCCAUUGCCGGGUACAGAGGAAGAUGGCAAAAGGCUAGAGGAGAUCCACUUCAUCUACGAGAACGGGCUGCCCAUCGUGAAGGAAUUGCGAGAACACCCUGAUUAUAUGGAAGCGGAUGUCUACGGAAAUUAUACGGAGGAAGAUAAAUUACAACGACUGAGCUCUGGUCCAUUACGGGGCAGUCGAGGGCUGGCACUUCAGAAAAUCUUCUAUAACGACAAAGAGAAGAAGGCUAUUAAUGUCGCAUACGUUGGACAUGGUCUAGAAGGAUGGCCGACUGUUGUUCACGGAGGAGCCCUGGGGACCGUGAUUGAUGAACAUCUAGCCCGUGUCGCUGUCAGACAUCUCCCCCAACGCACUGGGGUCACUGCAAAUCUUCAACUCCAGUAUCGUGCGCCGGUAUACUCGGGCAACUUCUAUACCUUCCAUGCUACGCUGGACGAGGAACGGAGUACCGAGCGCAAAGCAUGGGUGAAGGGGGAAGUGCGCGACCCUGUGGGACGAUUGUGUAUCGAGGCUACCGGCCUCUUUGUAGUCCCGAAGACCUAUAAGCUUCAGGAGGUUGGGGAGCGCUAUUGACCCAGGCUGCGACGGGAAAUCCGAAAUACAAUCCAGGCGGCUGGUCUAGACGGGCCCUUUGGAACCAUACAUCCAGGUCGUGCUGGUGGACGACGUGAAUCUCUCCCUUGCUGUACUCCUGGGCUUUGGCGCUAUCUACAUUCAGCGCUGUUUUACGGGGAGGGGCUUCAUAAUUUCUGAUUUAUUCAGGACAACGGUGUCGAUAUGCUUGUUGUGUAAAUACAUAUAUCCCUUUUUUCGCUUUUCUCCGCCCCCUUCCUCUCCUUCUCUCCAUUUUCUGCACGGACAGUACGUCAAAGAAAUAGAGUUUUCUCUAAACCGGAGACUCCGAGACGACAUCGUCGAUGAUGGCGGGUCCAGCGAGUGACAAGCCGUCCAGACCCUGGCUGCAUCCUUCCUUCCUUACCCCCAGGAAUUUCCCCCGCAUUUUC